AUGGCAGCAAAACACCAUCCCGAUUUGAUCAUGUGCCGUAAACAGCCAGGCAUUGCGAUCGGCCGGCUCUGCGAACGUUGCGACGGCAAGUGCCCCAUUUGCGACAGCUACGUGCGCCCGCACACCUUAGUGCGCAUUUGCGAUGAGUGCAACUACGGCUCAUUUCAGGGCCGCUGCGUCAUUUGUGGGGGCCAGGGAAUUUCGGACGCCUUCUACUGCAAGGAGUGCUGCCAGAUGGAGAAGGAUCGCGACGGCUGUCCCAAGAUAGUCAACUUGGGAAGCGCCAAAUCAGAUUUGUUUUACGCCCGGAAGCAGUUUGGGGCGAAACGGAACUAG